GGUUUCAUGAAGUAUGUGUUUUUCAAUAAAAAAUAAAUAAAUAAAACAUUUGUAGUGUAUGCAAAUUUGUCAUGUCUAUAUGUAGCAUUCUGUGAAACCACUGCACUGUGAGGAAACUGCUUGUGGUCAGUGUACAGCGGAAAACUUCAGAGCUGAUUUCCUGAUUACCACCUAGAUGCACUUUCACACAACGCCCCUCAACAUCAUACACAUGUACAGACAAUACAUGCUGGCUCAAUUGUUUGACCAUCAUCAUGCAAUGAGCAUCAAAUAUACAAUCAACAUUUAAAUAACAGCUCACUGAUUGAAGAGCGAUUUGGAAAUACUUACUCGGCCUUCACAAGAAAACUAGUGUGACUGAAAGAAUGAGCUUCUCGCCAAAGGCUUGUGUGUUUCUACUGAUGUUGAGCAGUUCACAGUGUGUGGAUAUUACAGUGACAGGAACAGAGGGAGAACACGCACUCAUUACGUGUCCUUAUGCUAAAGGAUAUGAAAAAGCUUUCAAAGGCUUUUACAAAGGAAAUUACAAAGAUUAUGAUCUUAUACUAAAAUCUAAUGGAGGAGAGACCUCAGUAAAUGGCAGAUUCUCUCUGCGGGACGAUGGCAAGAUGAGAUCAUUGACAGUGACCAUCAGAAACCUGAGGAUGGAAGAUGCAGGACCAUACAUCUGUCGAGCUGGAUAUGGAUACCUUAAACAAAUCCAUCUAAAUGUGAUCCGAGCUCCACAGAGGCCAGUCCAGUCCAGACCAGUCCAGAUCUAUACCUCCACCUUUCCUCCAGGUCAAACUCAGAGCUCACUUUCAACCAGGCUGCCAUGGUUGAGCACAUCAGACUUGAAUCCUCAAUCCAGCAGCUUCACGAUCACAGAUCAUCACAUCUCCUCACCAGCUCAGAUCAGCUGCUGCCCGUCCUCUCUCAGUUCAUCCAUCAUCAUCAUCACUGCAGGAGGUCUGGUUUUGCUCCUGAUUUUUGCUGUUUUACUUGUGGCUGUAUGGAAAAGGAAGAAAAAGACUUGUGGUUUGUUCUCCUCUUCUGCUGAAGGGGUUAAUCUGACAGAAAAUAGAAGAACAGAGAACGCUUAUGUGAAAGGAAAACCAUCUGUGUUCUCAAAUCUACACACAGCUCAACGUGAUGAUGGUUUUGUACUGAACAAAUUUCACAGACCUGCAAACACAGAAACAGUCGACACAGACCUCGACUACAUGAAUGUUGCUGCUGCUGAGAGAAACGCUGUGGAUCCAGAUCAGAUCUACACAGAACUGAACUCCAGCAGACAGAGUGACGUUUAUCAGAGUCUCAGAACUGAUUCUGUUCAAGAAGAGUCCAUCUAUCACAGUAUUGGUCAAACACUGGACUGAACACUGAAGCCCCUUUUUUUACUUUUAUUGAAUAUGAAUAUUGCAUAAACUUUAAAAAUGGUGCAGUGGUCUUAAAUAAACUUGUAGGUCUAAUAAAUGCUAAAUGUAUGACUACUUUAUCUGUAAACAUGUUCACUAAUAAGGGAGUGUCUGAUGACAUCA